ACCUUUAACUGGUCCGGGUGCAUUGUCCCAAGAGCUGCUUGAGAAUCUUCUAUCACCAAAAGCCGCUAUGGUUGUUGGAUCGUACAGAUCUUAUACUGAUUUUCAUUGCAGGUAUUUGAUGUAUCUUUGGAAUAAAAGGAUUUCUGAAGAACAGCUUGAAAAGUCCAGUUAUCAUUUUCCCAAUGGACCUUUAAGAAGGCAUGUAGCUUCUACAAAGUCGAUGAAGAAGAGGUCCCAAUGGACCUUUAAGAAGGCAUGUAAUUUCUACGAGAUUGAAGAAGAGGAUCCUUCGUUAUCAGCUUUUCCUCUUCUGAAAUGCGAAU